GUACAGGGCUCAUCUCUGAAGUAUGACAUAUCUAGCCGGUCUCUGUCAAAAAUAGAAGGAAUGAUAGAAGAACCUGACUCAGAUUCAGCAGAUCCUAGUCAUCUGGACCCAGCUCAUUUAUCACAGAAUGGAAGUGUUUCAACCCCUACAUUAAGGACGAAGUCCCUGCCCACAAAGGAGGUACCUGAGAAUUUAGGAAGGAGAAAGAGUGAGAAUGGCCAACCUGAGAUUUCAGAAAUGAUCAUUGCCGAAGGCAGGAGCUUAUCACCCGGUCCAGAAAGGAGCAGUUUGCCACUUGUCGGAAAAGUGCCUGAUGGCCAGAUCAUGACAAACAUGACUAAGGAAAAGCAAAAGACAAGGAGACGUAAAAGCAAGCAGACAUCAAUGACAGAUGGUCCUAGUCCAGAUGAUUUCAAUAUUACCAAUACACAUCUUCUUGCAUCAAAGGUGAAACAAAAUCUCUCAGAAAAUUCAGGGAAGCCUUUAGUCAGGGUGCGAAGAAUGGAUUCAUGGCAGGAGGAACAAAUCCGUCUACCGGGUGCUGCAGGAAUGAGAGAAGUAAAAAGGAGACUGAUGGGUGAAAAAGGUGAACCAGGGCAUAAGGGUGACGAAGGAGAAAUUGGUGAGAAAGGUCAAAAGGGAGAGCCUGGCAUUGGUUUCAGAGGUCCAAUUGGUCAAUCAGGAUCUCCUGGAAAAAAG